CCAGCUGCGAGUGGACAGCGAACCUCAGGGGACGGGGAGCACUCCGGCCCAGCUUGGGUGGUUUUUAAGGAACGUUUCUGCUUAAAAUGUGAAACGAUACACAGUACGAAGAGAAACGGAGUGUCGCAUCUGUUUCCUUUCCUUCGUAAAAGCGAUCUUGAGCCCAGGCGCGGAGCAGUAGGUGCUCACUUUUUAACGACAGCUGGGCGUUUGGAGAGCUGCCCUAGGCCACCUCGCUUCCUGUCCUUAAUUUCCUUAGAAGUGUUGAAAGCGAGCUUUGCAUUUAUGAGUGUACGAUGAAAAGUGAGCUUUGCAUUCAUAGAACAUCGGGUCGGAAGUUGAGAUUUCCACUAUCGAGAAACAGCGGAAGGAGCUGCAGCUGCUCAUUGGAGAAUUAAAAGAUCGAGAUAAAGAGCUCAAUGAUAUGGUUGCAGUACAUCAGAGACAACUUCUUUCAUGGGAAGAGGAUCGGCAGAAAGUGUUGACUUUGGAAGAACGUUGCAGCAAAUUAGAGGGUGAUGUCAGCGCUGGUGGCUCAGGGACCCCAUUUGAGUACUAGGAUGGCUCCAGAGAAAUUCGUGCAAAAAUGCACCAAGAUACAUGUAUAAGAAUAUUCAGAACAACCUUGUUCAUAGUCCGCUGCAAAGUGGAAGCAACCCAAGUGACCACCAAUAGAAUGGGUGAACUACACAAAAGAACUGAAAUAAUCCGGUCACUCACGAAGAAGGUAAAAACCCUUGAAUCUAAUCAAACUGAAUACCAGGCAGCUCUUCAGAAGACUCAACUACAGCUUCAGGAAAUGGCUCAAAAGGCAACCCAUUCCUCUCUCCUUUCUGAAGACCUUGAGGCUAGAAAUGAAAACCUCAGCAACACUUUAGUGGAACUUUCUGCUCAGGUAGGACAAUUACAAGCUCGAGAACAGGCUCUCACUACAAUGAUAAAGCUAAAGGACAAAGAUAUUAUCGAGGCCGUCAAUCACAUUGCAGACUGCUCAGGAAAAUUUAAAUUGUUAGAGCAUGCCUUGCGUGACGCUAAGAUGGUGGAGACUUGUAUUGUGAAGGAGAAACAAGAUUACAAGCAGAAAUUGAAGGCACUGAAAAUUGAAGUCAGUAAACUAAAAGAGGAUCUAAAUGAAAAGACAACAGAAAAUAACGAACAACGAGAAGAGAUCAUUCGCCUCAAGCAAGAGAAAAGUUGCCUGCAUGAUGAAUUGGUUUUUACUGCACAGAGAGAAAAAAGGAAAGAUGAGUUACUUGAUAUUGCCAAGUCAAAGCAAGAACGUACAGACGCAGAACUACGUAAUCUGAGACAGAUUUAUGUAAAACAACAGAGUGAUCUGCAGUUUCUUAAUUUUAAUGUGGAAAAUUCUCAGGAAUUAUUACAGAUAUAUGACUCAAAGAUGGAGGAAUCAAAGGUUCUGGAAUCCAGCAGAGACAUGUGUUUGUCAGACCUUGAGAAUAACCGCCCAAAAGUCGAUAUUAAGAGAGAGAAAAAUCAGAAGUCACUGGUUAAAGACCCAAAAUUUGAGACCACGUUGGUUCAGCAAAAUAGGUCAGACAAGAGCCCUUGUGAUGUAUGCAAAGAGAAGAGACUACAGGUUAAUACUUCAUUUGGGGGGAAAAGUGUAAUUGCUGUCUCAUCUCUAUUUACAAAAGACUUGCUGGAGAAGCAAAAGUCUUGGUCUCUGGGAGGAAAAAUGCCGAUGGAAGCCGAAAACAAAAGUACAUUUUGCAAGAUCCAUGCAAAGUCACCAAAAGGGAACGGGAUAGAGAUUCAGAAUGAAGAGAAACAACUCUUGGAAACAUCAAUGUCCUUAUCUGAUGAGAAACAGUGGCAUGAUGUUAACGUGUACCUGGGCCUGGCCAGCUGUUCUGGGGCAAAACAACCGGAAAAGCUGAAUGUUGAACGUCAAGAUGACAUGGAAAGGUCUGGAGUCUCCUGUUGCCAUAAAAAUGAAGCCUGUUUGGGGGAAAGUGACAUAUGGGAAUCCAAGUGCUGCCACCCGAGUAACUUCAUAAUCGAGGCACCAGGCCACAUGUCUGACGUGGAAUGGAUGAGUAUUUUCAAGCCUUCCAAAGUGCAAAGAAUCGUUCGCCACAAAUCCGUGUGUACUUGUGCAGAAAGUGCCAGCGGACGGAAAUACAACUCCUCCACGAGUGAGCUGUUUGCCAUCCAGCAUUCCCACUGUUUGGGUGCUUCAAAAUCUGCGGCACGAGAGGAUGAGAGAUUGAUAGAGACAGGGCCCUCUCCUGAUACAAAGAACUCACCUAAGAUUUUGUUAUUCAACAAAGAGGCACCAUUGUCCAAUGAGAAGGACGACUUUUCGCCCACAAGCAAGCUCCAGCGUUUGCUGGCAGAGUCUCGGCAGAUGGUUACGGACCUGGAGUUGAGUACCCUGCUCCCCAUCAGCUCUGAGAGUUUCAGCAGCAGUGCCAAUAAUAACUUAGAAGUCUCAGAAGAGUCAGCUCAAAAAAAUACCCUCCUUACUAACUGAAGAAAACAAAAGUCAACUUCAGUAUUCACUGUGGUCAGAGAAGCCGAUUUUCCAACUUUGGAAGGCAGGAAGCAGACAUCAAUACCUAAUGCUUAACCUUGAAAACAAAAAGAGGAUUGUAAUCCUUUGUAAGCAACACUUAAUACCAAAGGGAAGCAGAAACUGAAAGUUAGUUUUUCAACAUCUGUAUUUUAUUGCUUUUCAAGUUGACCGUUUUCAUGUUGAAGAAAUAUUGUUUUAUGUGUAAGCAAUUAGACCUUAUUGUGUAUUGUCUGUAUACACAAUUAUGUAUAUUAUGCUCACAGAGAAAAAGACUUCUCUGUAAAGAUGCAGACUAGAAUUAAGUACUAGAGAAGCUCUUUAAAAGUGUGAACAUCAAAUCGAGAACCCCUGCAUAUAAAGUGCUAUUUUCACUCUCUGAUUUUUAAAAAACCUGUGCAUGCAUUUAAACUACAACCAACAGCUUAUCAGAGACAGCUGUAAAUAUAUGAGAAAUAGUCUCCUCCUCUUUCGUGGCUUUUGCUCUGGACUUCGCUGUGUAAAAUGGACAUAAAAUGAUAUGACAGAACAUAUUUUUAACUGGAAAGUAUCUCAUCAGUUACUGACAAUCGAGGCCCGUCUGUCCCCGAGCUGAACAGAGCCCCAUCGUGUCUGGGUCUGUAGUAAGUCCCAUCUACUCAUACAAACAAAGGCUCGCUGGAAGAUCAAGUUUUAUAUGCGUUUUUUUUCUUUAUCAUUAAAGACUAAAAACACUUCCCUUUUAACUUGUAAUUUAAUUUUUUAAAGAAUAUACUAAUGUGCAUUUCUAUCCCUUCUAAAGAAGAGAAUCGAUCAGCUUCAGCCAAUAAAAAAUAUUUUUAAUAAGAA